AUGCAUCUCGUGAAAGCCGAAAACCCCAGCAUCAAUAAGGCCAAGGACCUCCUCUCAGACUUCACCCCUGAUGAGAUUAGACAAGCGAUAGAGCAGAAGGACGCAAUAGGAAACAGUGUGAUCCACUAUGCCUGUGCCAAGGCACUCGUACCCUGGGUAGAACUUCUCAUAUACAACAGAGCAGAUUUUAAUGUGGCAGGCGAAGGUGGACAAACACCUAUUCAUUUCGCAGUUAAAGGAGAAAACAAAAACGUCAGCCAAGUUAAGGACAGAGUUACAGUGGUGAAACUAUUAAUAAAGGAAAAGGUACCUGCAGACAAGAAGGACUACCAUGGUCGUACACCAUUACAAUUAGCUUGUGACGUCAAAGGUCAACACAAGGUCAUCCGUGCCCUACUUUCAGUUAGAGAGAUUGAUGUAAACCAAGAUGUAAAGACCGGAACAGUAACUUCAUCCCUUUUCCACAUCACAUGCCAGAACGAUCAGUUUGAAAAUGCCCAGGUGCUACUCAAGCACCGUGCCGAUCCUCUGGCAAAAGAUAGCCUUCGGGGUGAUACACCGUUUCACAUCAUCCUUAGGAAAGGGCAAGUGAAGUUUGCCCUUCGAUUCCUUAAAAUUUGCAAAGAGAACAGAGACGUCGUGCGAGAGAUUUUGUUAGCCCAAAACGCGUACCAGCAAAGCGUGCUCCAUGAGGCGGUCAAGUGCGGUGACAAGGAACUCGUCUCAUACUGCUUGGAAUACGAAUAUUAG